AUUACAGCUAGUGUGACUAAAAAAAUCAAGAACCACAUAGACAAAAUCAUACCUUAUCCAAAUAUAGAGAAUGAAAGUAAGAGAGGUUCCAUCUCAUCCCCCAUGGGCUAGCUAGUAAUCAUGGGGAUACAAACGAGAUGAGCUUUUCUGCUGUUCUUCUUCCUUCUUCUUCUUCUUCUUCUACUACUACCAUUUCUCUUCCCACCAAUCACAAUAAGCUUUUCUCCUUCCACAACAUCAAUGGCAUCUCCACAAAGUUUAAUUCCAUUCAUAGAUUCUCCUUGCGAGUUGUUAAUGACUCCAAUAGGACAGAGUUAUCGACUUCGGAUGGUGAUAAGCUUGUAGAUGGAAUGGAUUUUGGGGAACUUUGCGAUGAAUUUGAAUGUAUUAGCAGCCCUUCUGUUGAAGCUACAGCUAGGCAACUUGUUCGAGAUAUUCUUGAGCUUCGCCAAGGCAAUCGUGCCCUUGGUACCUUUGCUCUUUCUGUCAAAUACAAGGAUCCAGUCAGAAGUUUCACGGGGCGAGAGAAGUACAAGAGACCGCUAUGGAUAACUGACGCACUGCAGAACGCUAGAACGAGUGUGCAAGAAAUGGUGAUGUUAUCAACGAGUGUGUUGAAUAUUAAGUGGACAAUUAAAGGAAAGCCAAAGUCUAUACUUGCUGCCAUAGGAGGGGAUCUGAUCAUCAAAGUGAACUCAAAAUUCACUUUGAACCAAAUCAGUGGGCAAGUAGUUGAACAUGAAGAGCUCUGGGAUUUAUCAGGAUCAUCCGUCAUCGCUCAAGCUUAUUUCUGGGCAUCGCGACGUCUCUUUGCCACAGUUGAAGCUGGGAAAGAUGUUGCUGAUUUUGUGAAAGACUUGAAUUCUAAGUCUACUUCAGAGAAUAAAAACAUGGAUGUUUAUCCUGACCCUUAUGGUGAUCCAAAAAAGUUCUUUCAAAGGGAUGACAGCUUCCAAAGGGAUUUCUACCAAAUUGCAUUGCUCCUAGCAGUUAUAUAUUUUGUCGUACAGUUCUUGAAAACAACUUUAUGAGACUUUUUCCCAAAUUGCUAUAAGUAAGAUUGUAUAAUUGUAAUUAUUAAUUGAUGUUUGUAUCUAAAUACAUACUUAAGGAAGAUUUCAUAUCAAAAUAUAUUUUGUUCCUUUAGUUAA